AUGGGGGCUGGGGCCAGCGCUGAGGAGAAGCACUCAAGGGAGCUGGAAAAGAAGCUAAAAGAAGAUGCUGAGAAGGAUGCUCGAACUGUGAAACUGCUGCUUUUGGGUGCGGGGGAGUCCGGGAAGAGCACCAUCGUCAAGCAGAUGAAGAUUAUCCACCAGGAUGGGUACUCGCUGGAAGAGUGCCUCGAGUUCAUCGCCAUCAUCUACGGCAACACGCUGCAGUCCAUCCUUGCCAUCGUGCGCGCCAUGACCACACUCAACAUCCAGUACGGAGACUCUGCCCGCCAGGACGAUGCCCGGAAGCUGAUGCACAUGGCAGACACCAUCGAAGAGGGCACGAUGCCCAAGGAGAUGUCGGACAUCAUCCAGCGGCUGUGGAAGGACUCGGGUAUCCAGGCCUGUUUCGAACGCGCCUCUGAGUACCAGCUCAACGACUCCGCGGGCUACUACCUCUCGGACCUGGAGCGCCUGGUCACCCCGGGCUACGUGCCCACUGAGCAGGACGUGCUGCGCUCGCGUGUCAAGACCACUGGCAUCAUUGAGACCCAGUUCUCCUUCAAGGACCUCAACUUCCGGAUGUUCGAUGUGGGCGGGCAGCGCUCAGAGCGCAAGAAGUGGAUCCACUGCUUCGAGGGUGUGACCUGCAUCAUCUUCAUCGCGGCCCUGAGCGCCUACGACAUGGUGCUGGUGGAGGACGACGAAGUGAACCGCAUGCACGAGAGCCUGCACCUGUUCAACAGCAUCUGCAACCACCGCUACUUCGCCACCACGUCCAUUGUGCUCUUCCUCAAUAAGAAGGACGUUUUCUCCGAGAAGAUAAAAAAGGCGCAUCUCAGCAUCUGCUUCCCCGAUUACGACGGGCCCAACACGUACGAGGACGCGGGCAACUACAUCAAGGUGCAGUUCCUCGAGCUCAACAUGCGACGCGACGUGAAGGAGAUCUAUUCCCAUAUGACUUGUGCUACAGACACACAGAACGUCAAAUUUGUCUUCGAUGCCGUCACCGAUAUCAUCAUCAAGGAGAACCUCAAAGACUGCGGCCUCUUCUGAGGUGGGAUCCUCGCGGGCUGGGAUGCUCUUCUGGCUUGCCCUUUGGUCUCAAUACCUCUCGCCCCGUCCCCAGCUCCCCACCCCACCCCACUAGGGAAGACCCCACUGCAGGUCCUGCCCCAACUCUCUGGACGCAUUCCACUGCCUGAUGCUGGCCCCCAACUUCCAGGCCCCUACCCUGGACCCUCAGGCUCCACUCCACUGCCCUCAGGCCCUACCCCCUCCAGGUGCACAAGUCCCACCCACCCAAUCCCUUUUGACCUUGACUGAUCCCUCUGGUUGUCACC